AUGGAGAAUGGCCGAUUAGACAGCCGACGGGCCAUGACGGAGGAUGGCUCUUCGGUCGGGUCCUCGAUUCAGGCCGGUUACCUGCAGUGCUUCCAGGGCCUUGCAGCACUGGCCCUGGGCCGCAGGGAUGCGGAGAGGCCGGCCGUUGCCAGGAGCAGGUCCAGUGAAGACUUGCUCGCCUUACUGCCGUCUCCGGAGGUCACAUCAACGGUUCUGGACUUCUUGCAGCCUUCUGUCCUUGGGAUCCUGGCUGGAGCUUGCAGCUCAUGCCGUCUCCUUGCGGACUCAGAG